AAUGGUUUUGUGUUUCACUCUGUGUCCGUAAAGUCGAGUCGCUGAGUAAAGGAGAGUAAAGAAAGAAGUCCGGGUUUUUUCACCAGACACAACCUUUCAGCUUCACGCUCCACUGACGUCUGAGAGCCGUUGAGACGCACGUUGUAUCAAGAGACAAACAAUGCCCAGUCACCUGCAGGAAGUAAUUCACUCCAGUGUGGCGCCAUCUUGUGAGGACGUAGCUCCAUGAGUUUGCUGACUACAGAGUCAGACGGUGUGUCAGGGAGUACUAGAGGCACCAUUUAUGUUAACUCGUUGUUGACGGUUGUUCCGAGAUGGACUUGACAGUGAUCCACUAUCUCAUCCUCCUCCUGCUUAGCUCGAUCUUUGUUGUUCCAGAUAACACAGCAGAAAGUAACGCGUCUCCGCAACGCGAUGUUACGAGCAAUCCUUCGGGUGCCAUCAACUGCACAGUAAUUAAAGACUGCUGCACGAGUGUUGAUUCCUGUCUGCAGACAUGUCAGUCUCUUGCUCUACCAAGCGACUGCAACUGUCAUUGGGAGGACAUAUGCAACACGAUGAUCAACUGUUGUCCACAAGAACUAUUGACGGAAUGUCUCAUAGGCAUCCAUGCCGAUGGUUGCAGAACAUUCAGAAUACAAGUCUGUCAAACUUCAGUCGAUAUGAUCUGUGGUAGCACCACCACUACAAGCACAGAAAUGCCUGAAGACUCUCCCUCUCCAGAAACUAUAACCACUUUGAACACUUCAGGUUCAGAACCAGAUUCAGGACCAGAGAGUUCAACCUCCACUGAAGCCUCUACCUCUUCAACUCCUACGGAAACUGAGACUACUUCAAGUCCAACACCAGAUCCAACCAGCACAGAAUUGACUGAUAGCACGACUACAGAAACAAUUUGGACAUCUUCCGGUUCAACAUCAAGUUCAGAGAGUUCAGCCUCGGGUGUGACCAGUAGCCAGGCGAGUGCAGCAGAUGACAGCGCAGUGGAGGUGGCAGUGCUCAGCUGUCUAGCUGUUCUGUUUGUGGUUGUUGUGGUUGUUGCCGUGUUUUUCUGGUGGAGAAGGAAACGACAAGCUGAUGAUGUCAGCAAAGAGAACAACCCCAGCUGCCUCUCUGUUGAGACCAACUUACAUCACAAGCAGGACUCGUUCAACAUUUAUGACAAACUUUGUCAUGACAACAGGAGAACCAACAUCGGCAAUGCUUUGACUGCAACAACGAACUCACGUGAUAACGACAACAACGACGACUACGCCUACAUCGAUGAUCCCGCGAUAAACAAGGGCGUUGUCAGGCUGCACGAGGUGACGACCGAUGGUCAGCACGCACUCACUGACCCCUCUGUCAGCGGACUGCAACCUGACCUCUCCUCCACCUACACACUCGCCCGACCCACAGACAACGACAUUCCUGACCCUCAGCCUCCGGACUACUUCAUUCUGGAGAAAGAUCCAGCUCCAGAUGCUGAGUCAGCUCAGUACUUUACCUUGGAAGAAAGAAGUGAAAAAGAUUCAGCCGUGGACACAGACACCCAGAAGUACUUCAUCCUGGAGGACAGGCGGCAGGGAGGCGAAAACAAGUUUGUCCCCGAGGUCAUGUCCUCCGAGUCUGGUGCCGACUACUUCGUGCUGGAGAAGGAUGAUGGUCAGGAGUCCGACUGUGUGGCACAAGACGACUCCUCACGAUGUCCAUUGGAGGAUGCCGAGUACUCUUCACUGGAUCCGAACCGUCAGGAGUCCGACUACACAGCCUUGAAUCACACUGCCUAGCAAGGUCCUUCCAAAGGCGACCAUCCUUCUUUCCUGGCCUCGUGUCCCAAGUAAUCAGUGCGACAGUCCAGGAACGAUUACUCUCGGUUUGACCAAUAUUGAGACAACAAUGAACAUGACAUUAUGAUCAGCUUUACCUUUUAUUCUCCCGACAAAAAGUGAAUUUGGGUUGAAAUUCUAUUGUCAAAAUAAUUGUGAACUCUCUACAGGCUUUAAUUCUGAACUCGGGCCAACUGGACCAAUCACCUGCAAGGUCAACAGCGAUGAGACAGAGACUGCACUGCUCUGCAUUCCUCGAUGUCAAUGUGAACGUCUAUGCCGGUGUCUUUGAAAUGUGUAAGUGUGCAUGUGUGUGUUUAUAAAUGCAUUAUGUGUUAUAAGUGUGUGCUUGCGCGCGCAAAAUGUUGGUAAUGUGAGCAAAUGUAACUUUGUACAGAACUUAUUUCCACGUCUCAUAUUUCUGGAAAAAAAACAUUGUAACAUAAA